GGGGAGAGAAAGAAAAAUUAGUAUUCUCCUACCAGCUUCGCUAUAAAUCAAUCAUGGAGUCCUACGUGGUGAGCUGUAAAUAUGCUGAGCCGCAGUUCCCGCCUUGUGAAGAAGAUUACAGUAAUUUUAGUGACCAAGGGGGGUAUUACAACAACCCCCAGGACAGUGGUAGUUAUGGAGGAGGCUAUCAGUCCAUGCAGCCCCCUCCGCCUCCAUACACACCACAACAAACCGGCUAUCAACACUCCUUGCAGGGGCACCACCGGGAGGAUGGAGAGGACCACUCGCAGCACCAAGCUGCGCCCUUCCCCGGCUACAGAGAGACAGGCGCAGCCGGCAAGGAGAGGUUCUCCGUGGGUGACCUGCAGUGCCAGGCCUGGAUGACCUGUGCAAAGCCCGCUCAGGUGCAGAGAAAAACGGCCUGCCAGGGGAAGGACAAGCCGCCUAUUGUUGUCUACCCGUGGAUGAAGAAAGUGCACGUCGCUCAUGUCAAUCCGAACCACGUGGGCCCGGAACCAAAGCGGCUACGGACGGCCUACACGCGCCAGCAGGUUCUGGAGCUCGAGAAGGAGUUCCACUUCAGCCGAUACCUCACGCGCCGCCGGCGCGUGGAGGUGGCCCACGCGCUCUGCCUGUCCGAGCGGCAGGUGAAGGUGUGGUUCCAGAAUCGGCGCAUGCGCUGGAAGAAAGACAACAAGCUGCCGAACACCAAAGGAAGGAGCAAAAACAAGAAGGCGACGGACAGCAACAACAACAGCAGCAGCGACAGCAGCGCGAAGGCGGCCAUAACUGUGUGAGCGCGGACCGCUGGGAGCGGUUCGGCCGUCACAGGCAGCCAUGUGAGCACCUUCACCCUCCAAAACUGACGAUGCUAAAGGGAUCCAGGGUGACCGCAGUCCUGAAACAAUCCUACACGGCUUUAAAGCGAUAGGUUGUCCUUCUACACAGGCUUUAUACAUUCGUUUCUCAGACGUUCUGAGGCUGCAUCCAAUUUUAGUGUGACAUUUCAUUCAUUAAUCUAUUUUAGUCUUCCAUUUAAGUAAUCGUCAAGGUUGUAUUGGUCUGACAUCUCUGGUGAAAUUAGGGAGUUGUUUCUUAUUUAGAUAAUAAAGGCGCAGAAGCGAGGCAAGUGGAGAUUGUGUCUGGAGAAAACAGGGUUUUUUUUUCUACAGGGUAAACAUAGUACAGGGUUUUAUUAUAGCUACCUAAAAGAUGAGAUCGCCUAACUUAUGAAUAUGCACAUGACCAAAAUGUUGUUUCCACAAACUGGCGCUUAAAGAGGCGAACCGGAGAAGCACAGACGCUGAAUUGCGCGGCGGCUGGCUUGCAGAAUGGUUGGAUAAAUAAUGUUUUAGCUUUUAUUUUGUACAUAGAGGAGCAUCCAAAAACAAUGCAUAUUUAGUAGGACAAGUAGCCAUAUCGUGCUGAUUUUUU